AUGGAGAGUUUCGACACCAUGGCCGCCAUGCCUUAUCUAGGCAGCCCGUUAUCCAUUGCCAAUAUACAAAAUACGGACUAUCUCAAUGCGAUGCCCUCCCUGGAGAUUCCAGAGUCCCAUUCAACUUACGAAAAUGAUGCGUUUGUUAGCGGCGACGAUAUGGGGUUUUCGCAACCUCAAAUGCCAGCUCACCCUAUGCGACGCUUUUCCAGUAAUCACUUUGACGACCCUUUCCCAGAAAUGAUGCCUCCGUAUGAAGUGCUUCCGUCCGACCAGCAGCCGCAACAGGAUGCCUCCAUCAACCACAACCACAAACUGCUCAGCUUUUCCAUACCCAUGUACAACUUCACCCUGUUAGAUUACUCACUGCGACGAAUCUCAAUCUCUAUGGCUGCGCAGCUGCAUGGCAUGUUCUUCCUGGCCGAAUCGCCUUGGACUUCUUCACCAAUUACCAAACCUAAUGGGCCACCCCCAAUGGCUGAAUUAACAUGUUACAGACGAAACCUCUUCCAGGUUACAGGCUCAGUGACGAUGCCUCGGUCAAUGAGAUAUAUCAUGACAGACCAAGGCGAUCGCAUUCCUAUUCUUGCGCAGGAACUCACUGUGUCCGCAACAGAGUCGGUUGAGGGUAACCCCGUUAAGAUCAUUUCUGUUCCAUGGAAAACACCCGCGGCCAACGCAGCUGGCCAGCCGGAGGACAAGACAGAAAAGGAGCCCCCUUCUAUUCCUUUGGAUAUUAUGGCAGGUCAAGAUAUAGAUUCGGAAUAUGCUACGUUCUCAAUUGCCUGGAAACGCCUGCAGUUCCGUAUUGCUACUGCGAAUAAUGGAAGGAGGAAGGAGUUACAGCAGCACUUCGUCGUGAGACUGAAGAUUGUCGCGACGUUAUCCACUGGUGCUAAAAUCCCCAUCUGCGAAGCCCAUUCCGGACCCGUAAUCGUGCGUGGUCGUAGUCCAAGGAAUUUCCAAUCGCGAAAGGAUCUACCACUUAGCGGCAGUGCUGCAUCUUCAAGAAAACACGUCCAGGCAAAUGCUAACCGAACCGCAACAAGUGAGACUGCUUCCUCCCAACUGGGAACAACGAAACGCAGCAAGUCUCCCCAGGACCAGGAUAAGAAACCGCAGCUACCAUCGCCAACGUAUGCGGACUGGUCGCAGACAAUACCCAGCAAUUCUGCAGCUCUCCCAACCCCAACUUUUUCAAACACCACGAUAAAUGACACGGCUUUGCCAUAUGCUCAAUCCAGUCCAGAAGCAUCACAGCCCCGCGAAAAGCGGCGACGCAUUAGCGUCACGGGACAACCAAUCAGUCUUUCGUUCGCUGACGACGGCUCAAGCCCAGUAAACUCCGGCGGGGACUCCACGGGCACCACCCCGAUAAUGCAUGUUCCCACCAUGCUGCCCAGCCAGAGACAGCAGGACAUCAACGGAUCCCCCAUAGAUGCCUCGCAGAAGAUCCCUGCUGUCCCGCAAACAAAACGUCAACCUCUAGCCCACAACCGCAAUUCCUCAGGCAACGUGCCCACUUUAAGUCAACAGCAACAGCUCCCGAUUCUGGCGUCCCAGUUAUUAAAUUCCAAUGAGACCGCUGAUCUUCUGUAUGAAUACUUCCCGCUCGGUUUGGAUGAUUGGCAAGCUCCCGUUGAUGCUGUCUAUCGACCCCACGUUGUUCACCAUAUGCACUUGCCGGAUGAUCCUAAGGCCAUCGCUGCAAAGAGUCGGAGCAGGACGUAUUUUGUUGAAGGGAGCUAA